AUGAAUUGGACAGGUGGUUCACUGCAGCGCACUAAGAAAGCCAACUCGGGCAUGCUACAACGGCAGAGAGCGUAUUUUGCCAAGGCACGAACAAACCUUCAGAACAUACCUCAAACGCCUAUUGCUCCCUUUUGCCCGAGUUAUCUUCGCGACAAUAGCAAAUCAGAUUUUCUAGCGGUUCCUUCGUUUGAGUUGAUCUCGGACCGACACUUGGGUAGCCCGAAACUCAAGGCCCCAGACAAGAAUGUGGAGAUGCAACUGUUGGAGGCGAAUAAGAAAAGGCUGUUAACACAGGCAGAUUGGAUCGGCAUCGACGCUGCAAAGCCAGUGCAACUGCAAUUUGUGUCGUGCAAGCAGAAAGAGAAGAUUGGCAAGCGCAGAAGAAGGACUGGAAAAUGCCGCGCGCAGAAAAGACAGCGUGUUGAGGGAGAAUUAAAACCAAAAAAGCCUCAACUUCAGCACCGGUCCUUUGCUAAACUCUUGGAAAGUUGUGCUAGCCGUGACGGACCCGAGGACAUAGAGGUUCGCAUAGGCACAGAGGCAUUGACAGAUGGACAGUCUGCUCAGCUCCAAGAGUGUGUGCAGUCGGAAGUUUGUUCAAGCCCGAUGCUUUUUGAGCAAGACGAUUUAGUUUCCCGUGACUCAGCGACAUGUGAAGAUGGUGGGCACCAUGACGAGCGCAAUCUGCGUUUUGUGUUUAGGGGCCGGGCCUCUCCCAUGGGUCUACGUACUCAGCACGUAACGGGCAGGCAAAAGAUGGAUGAAACACAGCUACUCGAAGAACCAGCAUCGGUAUCCACAUGCCGGGCCAAACAUGUGCAUGGGGUCACCAAUGACAGCGAGGACCCAAGUGUAUACGCAAUCGUCGAUCAAGAACCCUGGAUGGCGUAUCUCGCAAUUUCCGACGUUUCUUCACGGGCAAACGAUGCGGGAAUUUGGCCCAAAGACGAAUUGCAGGCAUAGACGGGGAAGGGCGCUGGGAAGGAGCAGAGUAAGUAUACAGGUAUUCGGGCCGGGCGGGUAUGAACGAGUGAAUGGGUGGGUGGUGUAGUGUACUAGCACUAGUAGCAGUUGCGAUACCCCAGUCAGCAGUGACGACGGAGCGUAUCGUUGUAGAUCCCAACAAGCGGUAGCUAGUAAGUAGACACAGACGUAUGUAUGCCUGAUCAUCGUUUCGGCGGGGACGUGGGAUGAGGCGGGAGUCGAGAAGUGGAUUGGCCCGUUUUGGCCGAGGAGCAAAUGGCAAGGCCCAUGUUUUGACUUUUAGAGUGGCAGGCUAGCGUAGCUGGCGGACGUACCGCCGUGUUACAUGUCAGCGAAUGAAGAUGGGCAGCUGGCAUUGUCUUUGUGUCGCUGGCGCGCUACGUGAAUAGGGCCCGGAUGGCGUCGAGGCGUUGGAAACG